AUGGACGCAAAUCAGCUUUUGACAAAUACGCUCUCGCCGGACCAGGCUACCCGUACCGAUGCCGAACAGAAGCUCGAGGCCGCUGCUCGCGACAGUUAUCCAGUGUACAUGAGCACGCUCGCCGCGGAACUGGCCAACGAAUCAUCCCCCUCGCACAUUCGAACCGCUGCCGGUCUCGCUGUCAAGAAUGCACUCACUGCGCGCGACCAGACACGUGUGGAAGAAUACACAGCCAGAUGGACCCUUCUACCGCAGGGCAGCCGCGAUGAUAUCAAGCAGAAGGUGCUCGGCACGCUCGGCAGCCAGGAGCACCGUGCGGGUACGGCAGCAGCCCAGGUGAUCGCGGCCAUCGCGGCUAUCGAGCUGCCCGUAGGCCUGUGGAAUGAGCUCAUCUCUCAGCUCUUGGGUGCGAUGGGCGAUGCCAACAACAUGCGUCUGCGACAAGCCGCUCUGCAGGCCAUCGGCUUCACGUGCGAAGGUAUCAGCUCCGAUGUCUUGGCCGCUCAGUCCAACGAGAUCCUCACUGCCGUCAUCCAGGGUGCACGCAAGGAGGAGCCAGCGCCAGAGGUCCAGCUCGCCGCGCUUCAGGCGCUCUACAACUCGCUCGAAUUCGUCCGUGCCAACUUUGAGCGCGAAGGAGAGCGCAACUACAUUAUGCAGGUCGUCUGCGAAGCUACACAGAGCCCCAACAUGUCCGUCAAGGUGGCUGCCUACGAGUGCUUGGUGCGCAUCAUGCAGCUCUACUACGACAAGAUGCGCUUCUACAUGGAGCAGGCUCUCUUUGGUCUCACGGUGCUGGGCAUGCGCGAUUCGGAGCCCAAGGUUGCGCUGCAAGCCGUCGAAUUCUGGUCGACCGUGUGCGACGAAGAGAUCGAAUUGGCCCUCGAAGCAGAAGAGGCUGCCGAAUUCGGCGAGGAGCCCGAACGUGUCUGCUACAACUUCGCCCGCAUUGCGCUGCCCGACAUCGUACCUGUGCUACUCGAGCUGCUCAAGACCCAGGACGAGGAUGCAGACGAAGACGAAUGGGACGUUUCCAAAGCCGCCGGCACCUGCGUCGGCCUGCUUGCUCAGGUGGUCGGCGACGACAUUGUGCGCUUGGCUGUGCCCUUUGUCGAGGGCAACAUCAAGAACCCCGACUGGCAUGCGCGCGAAGCUGCCGUCAUGUGCUUCGGCUCCAUCAUGGAGGGUCCCGAUCGCAAGACGCUCGCUCCACUGGUCGAAUCGGCGCUUCCGACCAUCAUCGAAAUGCUGCGCGAUCAGAGCAUCGCUGUCAAAGACACGGCCGCGUGGACCCUGGGACGUAUCUCGGACCUCUGCUGCGACUCGAUCAAGACCGACGUGCACCUUCCUGCGCUCGUUCAGGCGCUCGUACUUGGAUUGCAGGACGAACCCCGCAUCGUCACCAACUGCUGCUGGGCUAUCAUGAACCUCUCCGAGCAGCUCGGUGCCAAUGCCGCAGCGUACGACAGUGCAGGUGAGCCGACCGACCCAGCCGCAGUUUCGACCACGCCUCUCUCGCCCUUCUUCGAUGGGAUCGUUUCCAGCCUUUUGCAAGCCACAGGACGCAGCUCCAACGAGUCCAACAGCCGCACUUCGGCCUACGAGGCGCUGGCCAGCUCCAUCACCAACUGCGCCGCCGACUGCAUCCAACAGGCCAGCGGCGUCUUGGUGCAGAUCCUCGACCGACAACAGCAGCUCAACGAGGUGGCCGCUCAGCUCGUCGGCAUGGACGACCGCAACAACUGGGCCGAGCUACAGGGCAACCUCUGCAGCGUGCUCAUGGCCUGCGUUCGUCGCCUCGGCCGCGAGACGCUCCCUCUGGGUGACCGCAUCAUGACCAACCUGUUGACGCUCAUCCAGAACGGCAGCAAGCAACCGACCGUGCUCGAAGAUGCCUUCUUCACCGUCGGUGCCGUCAUCGCCGCCUUUGAAGCCGACUUCGAAAAGUACCUGGGCGCUUUCCUCCCUUUCAUGGUCGAAGGCUUGCGCAACCACGAAGAGUACCAACUCUGCUCCAUCAGCGUCGGCCUCAUUGGCGACGUUUGCCGUGCUCUGGGCGAAAAUGCAGCAAAGUACUGCGACGAGUUCAUGAAUGCGCUGUUUGCCAACCUUCAGUCGCCUCAGCUCAACCGCAGCGUCAAGCCACCCAUCCUUUCGUGCUUCGGCGACAUUGCCAUGGCCAUCGGAGCCGCGUUCGAAAAGUACCUCCAGAUGGCCAUGUCGGUCCUGCAGCAGGCGUCGCUCAUCCAGACGGUGGAUCCGAACGACUACGACAUGAUCGACUACAUCAACUCCUUGCGCGAAGGUAUCUGCGAGGCGUACGUCGGCACCGUAUCGGGCAUGCGUGCGGGCAACAGGAUGGAGGCGCUGCAGGCGUUUGUCGAGGGCAUGUUUGCGUUCAUCGCGCUCGUCGCACAGGCGCAGACGCAGAGCCAGGCGUCAGAACCGUUGAUCCGAGGCGCGCUCGGGUUGUUGGGUGACAUUGCCAGCGCAUACCCGAACGGAGAGCUCAAGGCAUUGCUUAGCAGUCCGUGGGUUGCCGAGUUUGUCAAGGCGGGUCGUGGUCGUGGAAAUGGUUCCGAGACGAGAAAGACGGCCGCGUGGGCUCGCGAGAUGGUCAAGAAGGCUACAAAGUGA